ACCCCAGUCUUGCCGCGGCGGUCGCCGAGUGCGGAUCGGUUCCCGUUCUUUUUUCUCGUUUCGCGUUCUGUGAUAUUUGCCCUUGCCUGAUUAAGUUGGUGAUUUGGUGAUCGACGAACCCGUGAGCAGUGCAAUGGUCCAUGGAUAAACUGGCUGCCAGGGAUACGCAGGGCGGCCGCCAGCCGGGUCGAACAAUGUCCACGUUAGGGCCAGGAUAGACUCACGUUGGCAGGCCAAAGGUAGAAAAGUGACGAUGGACCCGCACGAAGGGCAGUCCGCGAUAAAGACGAGGUGCGUGGGUCGCGUGAACAGUGGAAGGAUGCAGUGAUCGAGGUGUGAUCUAGCAGUGGACCGACGGGGAGGAAUAUGCAUCACUCUGGAGGUACUGGCUAUGGGACAGGGCCCCAGGAGCGUGUGCACCAAGCACCGCGAACCGCCAGCCAGCCUGAGAAGUGUCCCUACGAGGCUUACCAGGCGCAGAUUCCUGACUGCUGUGCAGCAGCUGCUGCGGUGCAGGAUCCGUAUCCGCGUCCACCCAGCGGAUACGACGCCAGAUGCUACGACGAGUGUCUACGGAGGACUCCUUACCAGGAGGACACCUAUUCCCAAGAUGCACCUCCCGCCUUCCAUCGUCCCCAGUCCAGGCUGGGAUACGAGGAGCGUCCCCAAUCUCGCGUGGGGUAUACCUCGGAUUCCAGGUGCGCCAGUGGACUCGGGUACGACGACACUGGCGGAGGUUACUUGGACCAGAAUGAUCCGAGGAUGUAUUGCACCAGCGGUUAUUGCAUGGGGGAUACCAUGAUGGCCACCAGCAGAGGUGUCUGCGGUGAGGAGGUCGAGCUAGACAUGCGGAGGCACAUUCAGGCAUGUGCCUGCACCUGCAACCACAUGGGCUACGGAAAUUACAUGGACUAUCAGGCAAAAAAUGGCGGAGUGGCGAUGGUUCCAUUUUAUACGUACUUCAUAACGUGCAACAGCACAGCCACCAUAAGAGACGUUAUUGCACACAUCAAUCACAUCAGGAAGGUGGCAGGGAUCGAUCACGUUGGAAUAGGAGCUGGCUUCGACGGGAUAAAUUUUACUCCUACUGGUUUGGAGGAUGUCUCGAGGUAUCCACAACUGCUGGCUACCCUACUGGAAGAUCCUACAUGGACUGAAGACGACAUUAAGAAGCUAGCUGGCCUCAAUUUACUGAGGGUGUUUGCUAAAGUCGAGCAGGUGCGAGACGAGUGGCACAGAGCAGCGGUUCUACCAGUGGAGAAGAUCAGCCCCCCAGACAACUCUGCAUGCGUCUACGGGACGUCCUGAUCCUCUUCGAUCACAUUCGCAGGAUUCUUGAAUUUCGCUCCGUCGCCAAGGAUUCGACACGUCUCGUAGAAUCACGGAAUCCUGUAAAAGUGGGAGAAAGUGAACCGAAAGGAAGCUCAUUAGCGCCUUUACCAAAGAAGAACAAUUGAAUCCAUCUGUGAAAACCGAUAGGGGCGAGGCAAGGCCAAGUUUUUCAGGACGAGUUCAAUUCCUUGACCUUUUUUCACUCUUUGAAUGAAUUUCGUAUUUUCUAUAAUAUUAUUGCUAUCGUUAAGUAUUUAUAAACACUCAAAAAGAUGGAGAAAGUUUAACGAUAUCGCGCAAGUUAGCGUAAAACUGUCAACUUUUCCUUCUGUGAAAAGAUUCAACGUUCCUCUCAUUUUCAAAUUGUUGAAACUUUGAUUUACUAUUUUGAAUCAACUGGAAAUGUACAGACAUUUUGAUAAUUGAAACGACGUCGUUUCGUGAAAGUGUCCACGCCGAGAUCUGAACUAGUCCUGAAGACGUAAUAAUAAACAAAGCGUUCCUAAAUGAAUGAACUGGUAUUGAUGCGGACAAUCGAGGCUGCCAAGAUACUUUCUGGGAAGAAUCCAUUUCGAACGAGACUAUUCGCGAAAUAAUGCUCUCGAAACAAUCUCGACAGGAGCCAAUAAACAUUUUGCCAACAAAUGCAAGCCAACGUGCACGCCGAAACGUGCGAGUUUGAGAUUUUAAUGUAUGCAAGACCUUUAUCUGUAUGCAAGAAUCUCUUUAUUUACAGAAUUCGCUGCAUGAGUUGUCGCUAAAAUUAGUAUUAAACGUAACAGGAAAUUAAGAUAAUUAAAACUACGCUAAAAUAGAAAUUUUGCUAAAUAGGUUCUUCUCAGGAAGGGGAUAUCUUUUUUAUUUUUAAUAGUACUUAAUAAUCGAUAAAACUCGAAGUAUUAAAAACUGUAUCGAAGAUGCCAUGAAUCGUUUAAAUGCUUGCACCAAAGUAUAGUGACUAAUAAGUGCGCUUAAGACCAAGAAAUCAAUCGCAGAAAAAAAAGAAAACAGAAAAACAGGUGGGGAGGGAGGAAGAAAAUUUUUAGUUAGAAAUUCAAUGGCAGGUGAAUAAUUGGAUGCAUUGAAUUGUUUAAUGCUUUCUAGAGCUUCUAAUGUAUACAUUGCAACACCAUUUUUAAAGAACGUUGCUUUAAACUAGAACUGAACCUUCGACUGAAAUAUCCUCGGAAACUAUACUUGACGUGUUUAUUAUUAUAACGGGACUUGUACGAGGUAUUUGUUUAAUUGUCGCUUGUUUAUUCAUACAAUUUCCCCUGUUGUAGCUCAAAUAUUUUAAGUCUUGAAUGUGGACGUACUCGAAUCAAGGAUUAAGUGUCUGGAUGAGGUGGCAGACCUGUUUUUAUUAUAGUUACCAAUGUCAAACACUGCCAUGCCACUUUGUACCGAACUGUUACGGGAAAUCGUAAUCGUUGGUCGUCCCUUUUCCAUAUGGUAGCAAUUAACUGUAGAAGAUAUAUUCGAUGAUUUUCAGAAUGAAACCGUAAGUAGGGGUAUAUAAUUAAGAGAAGAAAUAUUAUUGAUACAAAUUUCAGGGUCGAAACAGUAGCGAGAUAAUGCGAAGGCUUUUUCUGUUUAGGUGUAUGGUUUUAAAAUAAAAAUGGCGAUGCAAGGAUCAGAGGGCCAUUUUUAGGAAACACUUUUCUCAGUGCUCUCAGCUUUGAAAAUGAACAUACAAACAUUUCCUCGGGAGUGUAAUUUAAGUUUCUCAGACCAUCAAUCCAGCCUUAACCUUGACUAUCGACUCUCUUACCAUUUACUUGACGAAAAAGCGUUCUCGCAAGAUCUUUCUUUUCUCUUUUUAAAUAACAUUUGUCCAUUUCCACUUUCUAAUAUCACGAUAAGUACAUAAGUAGACGGCGCAGCGACGAAUUGGAAAAGAAAUUUAAUAAAAUCCAUAGAAGAGCUAGUCAGUAGAGAUAUUACAGUAUUUCCAUUUUUCUUACUUUUUUCCAACGUGGGGAACACGUGCGAGGAAUUUUUAGGUACCUGUAAUUAAUAUUGUUAACGACUAUACAUAUAUAUAUAUAUAUAUUAUAUACAUAUAUUAUAUAUAAAAAAAAACCAAGGCGCCUUCGACGACUCGCAGCAUCAUAUGACCUCGAGCUGUAACAAAUUGUAACGUGGACAAUUAUUAACAAUGACCUUCUUCGACGAAUUAACAUGUUGACUGCCAGAGGAGUAUUCUGGGAAAUUUUUAUUGGAAACAAUAUUAAUAAUUAUCAAACAUUUAUCGAUACAAUUUAUUUUCCUUUGAUGCUUGACUUUCAGAAUAAAUUCUUUUUAGUUCUAUAUCUUAUACAGAAUUUUAUAUUUUAUAGCCCAUACACGGCUGAAUUGGCGCUAAACGUGUUAAACAAAAUAACGAAGAGAGAGAAACGAUUGUUAACAGUUCUCCGCGAAACUGAAAGGUCUCGAACACCAUCGUUAGUUGGAAGCUUUUUUCCUCGAAGUGAAAACACUCAAGCUUGCGUUCUCCUCGGCGUUAGCAAGGAAUAUCAUGCAGAAUCGACGAGCAUAAUGAAUUGUCUAUCGAUAAACAUAGCGAGACCGCAGAAUCCUGUUGAAAAUGAACUCUUAGCAGCAAUAACACUGAUAACCGCCACAGUAGCGAACGAUUAACUAGCGUAAAAGACCAAUAGGAUGAUAUUCACGAUUUUUAAUUCAUAAAGAGUAAGUCUAGCAUGUUAAAAUACCGAUUGAAUCAAUCGUUUCAAAGACAUCUUUCGUCGAAGAUAACUUUACCGGUAUUAUUUAGCUAUUGCAAUUAAUAAUUAUUAACUGGCAACUAACAAACGAGUCUAUUUGCCUUAGAAAAUUCCAACAUAUUGUUCAAAAUCCUAUCAUUACAGAACAAGUCCUCCGACUGCAAAUUAUUUCCCACGUAAUGAUGCGCUGACAACCCAAACUCAGUCAACGCGUGCAAAAUAAGUUAACAAAUACAGCGUACAAUUGAUCUUUGUUGCUAGACGCAACGUGUCUUUGAAACUAUGGAUCCAACAACAGUACAUUGCUCAAUACCAUUGAUCGGAGACUCGAAAAUGGAGACAAGACUCACUCUUGCGUUUACGAUAGCGUUUACAGACACACGACUCAUGAUAUUAUUCACUUGUAGACGAGUGAUGCCGUUCUAGUUUCUCGUAACGACGGUGUAUACUUUGUAAAAGGAUGCAGAAUGAAAUCAGCAUUUUUCCUUCAGGUUAAAAAUUACCAGAAAUGGGUCUCGAAGCCGCACGAGAAGAGAGGAACUCUGGAUAAUCAUUUCAAGCAUGCAUGAGCGCGAAUAAGAAGGAAUGAAUGAGAAAAGGAGCUAUGUACACAAAACCAGCGUUAAGAAAUUCCUAAGAACAUCCAGAUAGAAAGCUUUGCAAGAAUUCGUGUUUGAAUUGGAAACAUCUUUUCUUAAACGUAGUAAUGUAUCUUUAAUUUGAGAAAUUGGCCUCCUGAAAAGCUCACUUGCUCGCUUUGCAAUUCGUUGCAGAAUCCAGGUUUGAAUCUGGAAACAUCGAUUCUUUUUUAAAUACAAACACCAGUCAGUUUAAAUGAACCUCUUACUUCUGGAUUUUGAAACAUUAGAAUUGAUAUCUUCUUGAAAAGCUUGAACAAGUUAGGAAAACAAACAAGCGUGCCAUUUUGUUUCCUAACUGAGGAAGAACGCUGGAGGAAGUUUGUCGAUGGUUGAAUGCGAAAGAAAGAAAGGGUGAGAGCGAGCCUUAGAGAUAAAUCUUAACGUACAUAACAUAAACAACACACAACUGCCUAGAAACUCAGAUUAAUAAUAUUAUAACUUACUAUAUUAUAUACAAUUACGACCGACAUGUCCAAACGCACAAAGGGGCAAGUUUGGCAAGAGACAGCAUGUAAAUAGAAUUGUAAUCCACGUGUAUAUAACGGGGCGAUCGGAAGCGUCACUUUCAGAUUUUUCACUUCACUCCUCGAAAGCAUACUUCUGACCAUUUACGACGAAGGAAGAGAUUAGUAGCUGAAGUAUUAAAGGGAUAAGUGGAUGAA